UGCGGAUGAUCCGUUUCAAUCUUUCUACAUUCAAGCGGAUCUAGCAAGCACUGUGCUGGCAGGCAGCUGCUUCGGUGACAAAGCGUCGAUGGCUCGGUGUUUUCUGAAGGAACAUUUAGGAAAUGUACCACAAAUAGCCACUAGGUUGCGCCAUAACCCCUGUAGAAUGUUUUUUCAGCCAGAGUAAUUCAUAGAUAAGUGCACUCCGCUGCAGUAGAUGGCGGUAAUGCUUUGAAAUGACAGCCUGACAUCACGGAUGACAUAAAAAGAAGAAGAAGGGGUUCGUUUUCGGCCAUUCGCACACCCUCCAAGUACAGCUAGCUGGUCUUUGCAGGUGGUGGAGGACAAGUCCCAUUCGAAAUGUUAUCUGUGCGAGUUGCAGCGGCUCUGGCCAGGAGCCUGCCCAGACGUGCUGGAUUUGUGUCCAAGAAUGUUGCCGCCGCCUGCGUAGGAGUGAAUCACCUCCACACACACAGACCAUGUCUUGCUGCGAAGACCGGCACUGCCGAGGUGUCCUCCAUCCUGGAGGAGAAGAUCCUGGGUGCUGACACCAGUGCUGAUCUGGAAGAGACUGGUCGUGUGCUGUCCAUUGGUGACGGUAUCGCCAGAGUGUAUGGUCUCAGGAAUGUUCAGGCUGAGGAGAUGGUGGAGUUCUCCUCUGGGCUCAAGGGUAUGUCUCUGAACUUGGAGCCUGACAAUGUUGGUGUUGUGGUGUUUGGUAAUGACAAGCUGAUCAAAGAGGGUGACAUUGUGAAGAGGACUGGUGCCAUCGUGGACGUACCAGUGGGUGUGGAGCUGCUGGGUCGUGUGGUGGACGCUCUGGGCAAUGCCAUCGACGGGAAGGGUCCUCUUGGGUCGAGCAUCCGUAGGCGUGUGGGUCUGAAGGCCCCUGGCAUCAUCCCCCGUAUCUCUGUGAAGGAGCCCAUGCAGACGGGUAUCAAGGCCGUGGACAGCCUGGUGCCCAUUGGCCGUGGCCAGCGUGAGCUGAUCAUCGGUGACCGGCAGACUGGCAAAACUGCUAUUGCCAUUGACACCAUUAUCAACCAGAAGCGUUUCAACGAAGGCCAAGAUGAGAAGAAGAAGCUGUACUGUAUCUACGUUGCCAUUGGUCAGAAGAGAUCCACUGUGGCCCAGCUGGUGAAGAGGCUGACUGACGCUGAUGCUAUGAAAUACACCAUUGUGGUGUCUGCUACAGCCUCUGAUGCUGCUCCCCUGCAGUACCUGGCCCCAUAUUCUGGCUGCUCCAUGGGAGAGUUCUUCAGAGACAACGGCAAGCACGGCCUCAUCAUCUAUGAUGAUUUGUCCAAGCAGGCUGUAGCCUACCGUCAGAUGUCCCUGCUGCUGCGUCGUCCCCCUGGUCGCGAGGCCUACCCCGGUGACGUGUUCUACCUACACUCCCGUCUGCUGGAAAGAGCUGCCAAGAUGCACGACAACUUCGGAGGCGGCUCCCUGACCGCUCUGCCCGUCAUUGAGACCCAGGCUGGAGACGUGUCUGCCUACAUCCCUACCAACGUCAUCUCCAUCACUGACGGGCAGAUCUUCUUGGAGACUGAGUUGUUCUACAAAGGUAUCCGCCCAGCCAUCAAUGUGGGUCUGUCUGUGUCCAGAGUCGGAUCGGCUGCCCAGACCAAGGCCAUGAAGCAGGUGGCUGGUACCAUGAAGCUAGAGUUGGCCCAGUACCGUGAGGUGGCUGCCUUUGCCCAGUUCGGCUCUGACCUGGACGCUGCCACCCAGCAGCUGCUCAACAGGGGUGUCCGCCUCACUGAGUUGCUCAAACAGGGACAGUACUGCCCCAUGGCCAUUGAGGAGCAGGUGACAGUCAUCUACGCUGGUGUCAGAGGUCACUUGGACAAGAUGGACCCUUCCAAGAUCACCAGGUUUGAGAAGGCCUUCCUUGUACACGUCCUCAGCCAGCACCAGGACCUGCUCACCACCAUCAGGACCGAUGGUAUGAUCUCACCGACAGCUGACGCCAAACUGAAGGAGAUUGUGUUGACCUUCCUGUCCAGCUUUGAGUAAAGAGCGAAACUGCUCCUGAUCCUUCAGUGUGCUUACGGUCUGUCGCAUUGUCCUAAUAUUAUAUGUAUGUGAAACACUGAAGGCCAGAACCUCAAUGUACAGAUUUCUCCUAAGAAGAAAUAAAAUUGUACAACCCUAGAGAGCUGUGGUAAAAUUUGACUGUUGCCGUGGUAGACUGUGCCGGUCCAGCAGAUUAUCCAGUUGAAGGGAAUAAAAUGUCAUGUGAAAAAUAAUUCCUGCGCUCUGUUCUAAUGCAGUAACUGUUUCGCCCACUGUGGGUCUUUAUUUACUCAAACAACUCUAAAUAUCUUGUGACUUUGUUCAUGAAUUUCAUGAGUUAAAAUAAACAAAUUUGGGUGGUCUCAAUUACAGGAUAUCAAAAUCGUCACUUUUGCAUCACAAGAAAUGUAGCACAAUCAACCAUAAAGCAUUUCAUUGUUGGAAAGAAAUGUAUGGCAUUGAUUGUGUUUAGCAACUGUUGGAAUGUCUAUUGGGAAAUAUCUGUCGCCGGCAGAGCUCAUGAGUGUCCAGUUUCUGUAAAGCUGGAAUGGUGGGUGUAACUCAUUUGAUAUGAUGGAAAUGAAAGUAUCCACACUUAUUGUAAAACAGACAUGAUUACGAGAGGUAUAUCUAAUACAGCCUCUCACCCAUACAUCUGGACCAAUACAGCCCUUUUUCGUAUUGAAACAAUGGCAACCCCAGUAAGUCGGCACAUGAUUGUCAAAAUGUUAUUACUCUUAGUAAUACAAUUUGAUCUUGCAUUUCAUGUAAGACCGAACUCUGAAAAUGAUGGGUUAUUCAUUUUGGAGUUUUACUUGUCAAAUCCUUUGCUACAGUCAGACAUAAGGUCAUUCAUUUACCUCCCCGCUGCAAUGUUAGUUUGUCCACUAGAGUGUGGUAGUUGAUCUGGUUGUCUGCUCGCAUGCGGUCAAUGUCAUCUGAAUUACAUGUUAUUUCUAGUAGUUUCUUUUCACUAAACUGUUAUAUACAAUUAGUGUAUUUAACAGCAUUUUCCCAGUUGAUGCAUUUGAACACAGUGCAUUGCUUGACAAGCGUGAGCGCAGUGUGUCAAGAGUAUUAAUGGGGCUUCUGUCAAUGAAGGCAUGUCUGGGUCAAAAGUCUCUUUCGUAGCCUGGUGAGAGUGGCUAGGAUCAGAACAAGCUCAGUGAUAAAGAUAUGGUUACAUUUAUCAAAGUGAAACACGAGUCUGAUCACAAAUUGAAACUGAGCGAGUCCAACCUGAACAGAGAUGAGAUCUUCAAGUUUGAGAACACCAAGUGGAAGUUAACUGGUUAAAUAAACCAUAUGAAUGUG